CUUGAUUGCUGUUUAGGUCUCAUAGGCUUACAAUCCCUCGUUCUUUUUGCCAUUCCUGUUACACGAUAAAUGGAUAUGUCUCUUUUCGAAGAAUCCUUUGCUACAAGCUUUCCUUGUUAAUCGCAAUUCUUUUGGAAAUGUCUCCAACGGAUUAACAUUGGUACCACUUUUCUUGUCAUGCAAUUCUUAGCUUACUUUUUUUGUUCACAAGUUUGAAGCUUGGCGACUGCCCUAAAUUUUAAGAUGUGUGUAUCUUCGUGCAUCUCCAGUGGCAAAAGAUACUUCCUUAGGCCUCUAUCUCUCGACUCUUUUUUGAACAAGUACCGAAUUAUUAUAGUUGCCAAAAAGGUGGUAACACUAAUGACCCAGUCCGGAACUAGUGAAAGUAGCGGCUCCCUUGGAAAUUUUCUUUGUAUAUCACGAUUCCAAGAGCAGACUGAUCCUUCUGAUUAUGAAGGCCAAGAAGAAUCGGAUAAUGCAAAUGUGCUGAUAGCUGGAGGUUUCGGCGGCCGGUUAGCUCCAUUUUUGCCAGGCAUGCUGGAUUCUGACUCAGACCCUCCUCUGGGUUUUGACCUCACGUACCCCACCGACCAGAUCAACAUCGACCGUAUAUCUUCGCAGCUCGAGUAUGUCAACCCGAUUGCUGACCUUGUAUGCCCUAUCUGCCAAAUACCUUUCAAUGUCCCCACCACCACCAUCUGCGGCCACACGUUUUGCCACGCGUGUCUUGACCUCGCGCUUGAGCAGCUCUCCCCGAAGUGCCCGAUGGACCGAACUCCGCUCGACAAAACUGAUGUUAACGAUGUUUUUCCAGCACCACUUAUCAUUAAUAACCUCCUCGGUGCUCUCUCGGUCAAAUGUCUCAAUUUUGAGCGGGGCUGUGUGUGGGAGGGGAAGAAGAACGAGGUGGUGCAGCACUUGCGAGAAUGUGGCUACACCCGUGUGCGGUGUAAUGGGAUCCGUCUAGAAAUAGAUGCCACUGAAGUUGAAGAAUCAACGAGAAAAACACUGCCGGAUACCCAUGAAAUAUGCGAGGUUCUCACCGAACAGCGGUUUUUGACCUUGGGGACGCACACCUGCGCCCAUCGGCCGUACGAGUGCAUUUACUGCCACGCAGUGAUAAAUGAGAUUAUCAAGAACAGUCACCUCCAGGAGCACUGUGAGGAGUAUUUGCAGAAAUGCGUGACGUGUGACAAGUUCAUUCCCUUGAAAGACCAUGCAGCUCACAUGGCUAACGAGUGUGAGUCGAAAUACGCCCAGUGUCCGGCUGAGAAUUUGGGCUGUGACUGGAGAAGCGAUACCAGCCAUGGUGGCGAUAGCCUAGAGGCACACGUGCACAGCUGUGUAUUGUGCAAGCUAUCGAUGUCCCCUUUCAUGAAAGAGCAACAAACAAAAAUGGAGAAAUUCGAACGGGAAAACCACAGACUUAUUAGCAUGAAUAGCAAUAUAGUGUCAUCUAUAAUCAGUGGAAAGCUAUCAAGAGGUUUUCUGGAGCUUGACGAAGUCACAGCAGAUUAUCCGGUAAUCCAAAGAGAUGUUAAACCGGAAUUACCCUUUGACAAUCACUUUCUCUACGAAAUAGAUCGAGUACGACUAGAGUUUGAGCAGUUGCGACUCCUUCCUGCGCAACUCAAUGAAUCCAUGAUGAUGAUCAGCCAGCUACACAAUGAGAAUCUUGUGGUUAAAAAUGAGUUGGCCGUGCAGCGAAACAUCAGUAACAGUCUACGUCGCCAGAUGUUACUCUUUGCGUCCUCCCGGAAUUCGUUUUCCGUGAACAUGCCAAUGGGAAUGGCGUCCGGGUACUCCUCCAAUAGCGACGAUGAGAACUCUGAGGGAAACAUUCUAGGUCAGAAUACUGUCAGAAAAACGUGUGCUCCUAGACUAGAUGGCUUAUCUCUGUGGGCAGUCGAUGACGCGAGGAGAGAGUACAUAAGAUACUCCGUUAUCCAAAGUGCGAGCAAAACCACGUCCAGGUUAUCCGUGAACCAUAAUAACCGAAUUAUCUUCGCUAUACUUAUUCUAUGGCCCAAAAGUUGGAAAAUCACCCUUACUAGUCAUAAUCCAAGUCUGAACACGCUACCGGAAUCUCUAAUGAUCAGACACAAAUUCGAUGACCUAUACGACAGAGUCUUGAGGCGGCCCAUGUUCUUUGCGUUUGUGGGGCUCAUUGUCGGAAGUACUGUCCUCCUGAUAAUAUCCAUACCCGGUACCAUCCGCGACGGUGAGAAUGACGAUCUGAAGAGCUCCAAGCGGGGCACUGUCAAGAAGGAAGAGGUUAGAGAUUUGUGGCAAAAGUUAUAUGAGAAGUACAAGAAGGACAAGCUGCUGGUCACAGCUGAAGAAUUGCGGUUUUUGACAACCUACAGCAAAAAGAAGCCUGACAAAGAGGAUGUUUUUGUCGUGUGAGCGCUGAUUUCUGUUGACAGAAAGUACAUAAAAGUAUCAGAGCGUAAGGUCCUUCCAAUACGUCCCUUGAUCUUUGAUCGCCUGGUUGAUCAAAAAGGAAACAGUAGCUGGAUAGAGUUAUUGUCAUCCAUGCUAAACCCAAUAUAUAAUCAAUAGCUUCUUUUUUUUUAAUGGUAUGCUAAUUUAGUGAACGCAAUUCGGGCCUUGGUGACUUUCCAUAGUGCCUGGUUCCAACGGAAAUGUGAGCUUUCGGACCUUCUCGGGAUAGCCGAGGCGUGGACUUGUUACGAUAAUUGGAUCCUGAAAUCGCACUCUCAAAUCACGUUCCCAAAAUCAUCUU